UAUUGAGGGGCCUUGAGGGAAGGUCUCAGCACCAACUCAGACUAUGUGGACCCCAAAUGAGAUUGCAAGCCUAUGUUACGAGCACUAUAGGAAUAGGCUGCCCAAGCAGGGUAAGCCCGAACCCAACCGUGAAUGGACGUUGGUAGCAGCCGUGGUGAAGAUACAGCCUAUAGGUGGCCAGCCCUGUGACUGCCGUGACGAACAGGAGCAAGUGACAAAGGAAGUUGUCUCAAUGGGAACAGGAACAAAAUGCAUUGGCCAGUCCAAAAUGAGGAAGAGCGGAGACAUCCUCAAUGAUAGCCAUGCAGAGGUCAUAGCCAGAAGGAGUUUCCAAAGGUACCUUCUUCAUCAGCUUUACUUGGCGGCUGCCCUGAAGGAGGAUAGCAUCUUUGUGCCAGGAACUCUGAAAGGAUUGUGGAAACUCAAACCAGACCUGUCGUUUGUAUUUUUCUCCAGCCAUACGCCCUGCGGGGAUGCCUCCAUCAUUCCAAUGCUCGAGUUUGAAGAUCAGCCAUGCUGUCCUGUCAGUAGAGAUUGGGCCCAUAACCCAUCAGUAGAAGCCAGGGGUAACCUGGAAGCUACUGAAGAUAAAAGGAAAUGCAAAGACCUGGACAGUCCUGUGGCCAAAAAAAUGAGGCUUCAGCCCAGGACUCCUGCCAGAAAAGUUGCCAACGGUGAGGCUCACCUUCAGAGUUCUGGCGAUCAGGAAAGUAGCCCAGUCCUACCAAGAGUCGGCAGCUCUAAUCUCACCUCAGAGGAACCGGCCACUGCCGCUGGAAUGGCCCCCAGUGGUGCCAAAGUGGUGGAUGUUUAUAGAACUGGAGCUAAGUGUGUGCCUGGGGAAGCUGGAGACUCGGGGAAGCCUGGUGCUGCGUAUCACCGGGUGGGGCUGCUCCGCGUGAAGCCCGGCCGGGGAGACAGGACUUGCUCCAUGUCCUGCAGUGACAAGUUGGCGCGGUGGAAUGUCCUCGGAUGCCAGGGGUCACUGUUGAUGCACUUUCUAGAAGAGCCCAUCUACCUGUCAGCAGUGGUCAUCGGGAAGUGCCCGUACAGCCAGGAGGCCAUGUGGAGAGCGCUAACUGGGAGGUGUCAGAAUAUCUCAGCUUUACCCAAAGGGUUUGGAGUUCAAGAAGUAAAAAUACAGCAGUCAGAUUUACUGUUUGAGCAGAGCCGCUGUGCAGUGCAGACAAAAAGGGCUGACAGCCCAGGCCGACUUGUUCCUUGCGGAGCAGCCAUCAGCUGGAGUGCAGUACCUGAGCAGCCGUUAGAUGUCACUGCCAAUGGCUUUCCACAGGGAACAACAAAGAAGGGAAUCAGCAGCCUUCAGGCCAGAUCUCGAAUCAGCAAAGUGGAACUCUUUAGAUCGUUCCAGAAGCUGCUAAGCAGUAUUUCAGAGGACAAGUGGCCAGACUCCCUCAGGAUGCAGAAGCUAGAGACAUACCAAGAGUACAAGGAGGCUGCAUCUGCUUACCAGGAAGCCUGGAGCACACUCCGGAAGCAUGCAUUUGGAUCCUGGAUCAGAAACCCACCAGAUUAUCACCAAUUUAAAUGAGA